AUGGAGGAUAGGGAGUUGGAGGAGGAUGAACAAUGGGUUUGGGCAGAAUGUAAACAUGGUAUUGAGAAAUUGGAAAACUUUUAUAUUAGAGAUUUGAAACAAAGAUCUAGAAUAAAGUGGGCUUCGUUAGGUGAUAACAAUACGAAGUUUUUUCAAAGUGUCAUUAAUAAAAGGAGGUCGAGCAAUGCGAUUCAAGGUUUGAUGAUAUAUGGCGAAUGGGUUUCCGAGCCAAAUGUGGUUAAACGAGAGGUGUUGAGACAUUUCAGUAAAUUGUUCAAAGAACAGAUUAAUAAUCAGUCGGGUAUUAUUUGUGAUAGGCUAAAGCGUAUUCUGAAUGAUUUAGUGGGUGGUUUAAUCUCUCUGUUUACUAAGGAAGAGAUUAAAAGAGCAGUUUUCGAUUGUGGGUCAGAAAAAGCCACGGGUCCAAAUGGUGUUAUUAGCUAUGGUUGUAGUUCGGCGUUUAUCACUCUUAUUCCCAAGUUAAGAAAUCCGGUUGGUUUAAAAGACUUUAGACCAAUCACACUGGUGGACAUUAUAAACAAAGUUAUCUCCAAGGUUUUAGCUGCGCGCCUCAAGAAGGUUAUUGGCUUGGCUGAAAAGAAAGAAGAAAGCGGCGUUUUUAAUAAAGGUGGAUUUCGUAAAGGCAUACGACGACGUUAA